CUUCAUACCGCAUCGAGUCAUCAACGGCCCCGAUUCCCGAAUUCGAAAGCCUCGCAGCAGCGUCUCUUACAGAGCUAAGCUAUCUCAGAGAUACGAUGUCAGAUCAUACCAGCUUUAGUGAUUUUAGUCACCCUCCUCCGGCGUACCAGCAUCAUACUUCAAUGCCACAGACAUCCCAUCACGACUAUGCUCAUUCCACUCCGCAAGGAUACACGUAUAAAGGAUCCACACACGAUCAUAAUUGUCAUAGGCACCACGGACAUUGCCAGCCCCCAAUGCACGUUGUAGUUCCGAUAAUCCCCAAUUCUAGGACCGUUAUUCAUCCAAGGCAUGAUGCGCAGCGCACGAAUUCAUGAUGCAGUUAUUGAUACUCAUCUUCAGGUACAAUGAAGUUGACCCUCUCCUUCCAGCAGGACGACGACGGAACAAUGGCCCAGGAUGUUGCUUCUUUACAAUUCUUGGAGCCGUGCUCAUUUUCGGGGUGUUUGCCAUCGUUUUCUUCUCGUUUAUGCCCCUCAAUGAGAUGGCUUGGACCAAUAUCGAACCUCAUUCCUGCACCACUUAUGCAACAAAGGAGUACGUAGCAGAGCUCAACGCGACUCGUUGGAACCGUCAUAGGAUGGAAAUCUGCAUGGCUACUCCGGUGUUUAUUCAUGGCCGGCCUCACUGGCCCUCCAGAUGCGAAGAUCGCUCGGGCACGGUGUUUGGACAUUUCGCCAUUAACCAUGACGAAUCGGACUGCGUUACCUACUGGAGCGGAUAUAAGGAUAUGGGCUGUUCCGCUAGAGGGUCAAAGAAGAGGCACAUUGAGCAACGUCUCGAGAACUUGCCGUUCCUAGCUGACUAUAAGGAGUUUUGUGGAACAACCCCUGCUUAUUUCCUAGACCGGAAGUUCUCUGGUGCAGACUCGUGCGUGAAUAAUAUCUGGGGUGUCUACGGGCAAUGGUUUAUCGACGAUCACAGUUGUUGAAGCAAGCGAUUAUCGAUAAGCGUAGAUUCUUGUACCCAACUUUAUCUCUGUUUCUUAUCUCGACAUUCGUGUACUAGUAUUUAGUGAUGUAAACUAUGCUUUGAGUACUUUUCAUCGUGGCUUGUUUCACAUU